AUGUCUUCUCCAAAGACCGUUCUCAUCACCGGCUGUAGCGACGGCGGCAUUGGCCCCGCACUAGCCAAAGAGUUCCAGUCGCGCGGCUGCCACGUCUUCGCGACGGCGCGCAACCCCGCGAAGAUGGAGUCGCUGCGGGACGUGCCCAACGUAACGCUUCUGCCGCUGGACGUCAGCUCGCCGGAGUCGAUCAGCGCGGCAGUCGCGGCUAUUUCGGCGCAGACGGGCGGCACGCUCGAUUACCUUAUCAACAAUGCGGGCGCGCUGUACGUCACGCCCGUGCUCGACUUCGACAUGCAGAAAGCCAAGGCCCUAUUCGACGUCAACGUCUGGGGCGUCGCCGCCGUCACCCAGGCUUUCUCGCCGCUCCUCAUCUCCACGAAGGGGUGCGUGGUUAAUAUUUCGUCGCUCGCCUCGAUAAUGUACGCGCCAUACUACGGUAUCUAUGCCGCCUCCAAGGCCGCCCUGAACUCGAUAAGCGAGACGCUGCGCCUCGAGCUGCAGCCAUUCGAUGUCAGGGUCGUGACGGUCAUUUCCGGCGCGGUCGAGAGCAAGGUCUUUCAGAACGGACCCCCACUCCAACUGCCCGAGAACUCAUUCUACACCCCUGCCCAGAAGGAGAUCGCCGAGCGCGCCGCUGGCAAGGACACCGAAAAGGUGACCCCGGUCAAGGUCGGCGACUACGCCCGCACCCUCGUCGGCGACAUCCUCGGCGGUGCGCACGGCAAGGUCUACCGCGGAAGGUCGGCGACGCUUGUGAGCUUUCUGAGUGGGUGGAUGCCGACGUUUCUCUUUGAUUGGAUUUCGAAGCUUGACACAGGCCUUGAAAAGAUUGAGAAGCCGAAGCAACAGUAG